AUGUCGUCUCCAGAAAUCGUUUCUUGUUAUGGUUCUACCACUACGAAAGUAGCCCUGCAAACCCAUUUUGCCCGCGACAUCACCCCCAAUGUCAAGCUCAUCCAAGAUAUCCGUGCUCAAGGCGGAGACGCAAAGGAUGUUGUCUUGAUUGAGGGUGUCCGUCACGGAAAUCCUGGAAAGGGUCAGAUCAUUCGUCAUCUAUUUCAAGCACACUGCACAUUUCUUUCUAUCUCAUUUCCCUGUCUCUGUAUUGAUGUACUCCUAGAAGUAGCCCGUUGCUAUGGCAAAUCCGUCAAUGGAAAAGCCAUCCGCAACUUCUACGACCGCACUAUCAAGCACGAUGUCAGGGCUGUCUUGGACACGCUGGAGGCCGGAGGUGACCCCGAAGAACUCCAGCUGUCUGGGAUUACCAAGAUUGGCGGCGGGACAAAGGAAACUGCGAAAUGCUUCGGCGAUGGGCUCAAGGGUCAUGCACUCUCGAUGCACUUCCUCCGCAACAUCAAGCCAACGUCCAAACUGAUCCUCGACGCUAUUGCUCGUGGAGAAGAUCCGGCGAAAACUGUGCCUGUUGGCGGGGAGGCCAAAGGCGCUGGAGCGAAGGGUUAG